GUGUAUGUGUAUACCAUCUACAUAAGACCUAACAACUAUUUAUAAAUGUGAAUAACUAUUAAUCACCAUCACCAUUUUCUAAAUAAUAAUAAAGAAGAUCCAAAAAAUUAAAGAAUACAAACAAUACUUAUAUACAUAUGACUAAAUUCAGAACUUUGGCAUGUCUGUGCCGGUCCUCUUAUUUCCCUACCUGCUGUGCGGAUCAGAGUGGUGUAUUUCCCCCAAGGCCAUAGCGAGCAGUAGGAUCUGCCCCGGUUACACGGAGAAAUGUCAUUGAGAACAAAAAUCAAACGCUUUAUGAGCACCACCUCGGUAUGCUCCUUUUCCCGCCAGUACCGUCCCAACCGCCGCCAUUCUCUUCCACCGCCGGUGGCUAGCCCACCUCUACAGCAAGACCCACACAGCCUCCUCAAGGAAGACCCAGUUGAAGUGUUAUCCAACCUCUGGGUCAAGACCUUCUCGCAACCGGGAAAGCCCUUCACCAACCUCACCGGCUUCCUCUCGAAGCUGGACCUAUGGGUCCUCGCCUACCAGCGCACCUGCGCUCACGUCACCGGCUCCUUUCCUCCUCGCAAUGCACUCCACACUCGCAUCCUCUCCGACCUCGUCUCCCUCCGGAAUGCUGUUGUUUCGGGUAAAUUCAUCUGGAACGACAAGAUGCAUCCUAUAAUUCGGGGGCCAAAUGAGAGGCCCAUUUCGACACUCUCACGCCGCCAGCUCAAUUCCGUCCUCACCUCCAAAACCCCGGCAUUUCAGGAUCGGAUAGUUCAGGAAACUCUUCUGAUGAUUCUUGAGCCGAUCUUCGAGCCCAUGUUUUCUCCUAAGUCGCAUGCUUUUCGUCCUGGCAGGAACCCCCAUACAGUCAUUCGGACCAUAAGAAGUAACUUUGCUGGGUAUUUGUGGUUUUUGAGAGGCGAUGCUAGUGAUAUUUUCGACAAUGUUGGUGUCAAUAUUGUGAUGGAUUGCAUCGGAAAAGCUGUGAAAGAUAAGAAGGUGAUAAGCUUGAUUAAAUCAGGGUUGAGUGCUGCUGCGUGCACUCGAGUUAGAGGGGUUGAUGAAGAAGAGAAGACGGAUAAGAAGAAGAAGAAAGUCCAUACAAAGAAAAGAAUUUUGAAGGCAAAUGAGCCAAAGCCAGACCCGUAUUGGUUGAGAACAUUCUAUGAUUUUUCUCCAGAGGAGGCUGCAAAGGUACCAAAUUAUGGUUAUUGUGGAAUUCUUAGUCCAUUGCUAGCUAAUAUAUGUGUUAAUGAGCUUGAUCAUAUGAUGGAAGAAAAGAUAGUUGAGUUCUUUAGGCCUUGUGAGCAGGACAGUAUUUGGAAAUAUUCUAUUGAUGAUGGUUGUCACAAUCCAUCUUGGCCCGAGUUUGUUCCUUCCAGUGGGAAAGGAAAGACCAGGAAGAUGGACUAUAUUCGGUUUGGGGGUCAUUUCUUGAUUGGCAUUAGAGGGUCUAGACAGGAUGCUAUGGAUAUUAGAAAAGAGAUAAUUGAGUUUUGUGAUAGGGAGUAUGGGGUAAGAUUGGAUAAUUCAAAGAUUGAAAUUGAGCACAUUAGUAGGGGAAUUCAAUUCUUGGAUCACAUAAUUUGUCGCCGUGUUAUAUACCCUACACUUCGUUACACAGCAUCUGGUGGAAACAUUGUGAGUGAGAAAGGUGUAGGCUCUUUGCUUUCCGUCACAGCCAGCUUACAGCAAUGUAUUCGCCAGUUUAGGCAGCUGAAGCUUGUGAAGGGUGAUAAAGAUCCAGAACCACUACCUUGCACACCAAUGCUUUAUUCGGGUCAAGCCCAUACUAAUGCUCAAAUGAACAAGUUACUCGAAACUCUGGCUGAUUGGUAUAGAUUUGCGGAUAAUAGGAGAAAAGUGGUAGGUUUCUGUGCUUAUGUUAUCCGGAGCUCUCUGGCUAAGUUAUAUGCUGCAAGAUAUAGACUGAAAUCUCGUGCCAAGGUAUAUAAGAUUGCUUCACGUGAUCUAAGUCGUCCCUUAAGGGAGCAUACUAACAAUUCUGCACCUGAGUAUUCUGAUCUUUUGAGGAUGGGACUUGUUGAUGCUAUUGAAGGUGUUCAGUUCUCUCGCAUGUCUUUCAUCCCAUCCUGUGACUACACUCCAUUCCCCAGAAAUUGGAUCCCUGAUCACGAGAGAGUGUUACAUGAGUAUGCCAAAUUACAGGAUCCAAAAUUUUUCUGUGAACUUCUUAAGUCGGUUAAAAGGCAAUCUAUAUCUUUACCUCAAGAUAAGGUAUCUGAAAUUGUUUGGGACUACAAGACACUUGGGGUACAAAGCCAUUGAUUUGGUGGUGAUAAAAAGUUGGAAAAUCUUUCACAGGAAAUUAUGCUAGCAUGAGGCCUUUGGAAGGGCAGCUGCAAUAUAACUAUUUGGAGAAAUAGGGGUUUUAUUUGGAAGGCAGCAACUGUUUGCUGCAUUAAGGGUUGAGAUUUCUCAAAUAUAGAGGUUUGAGCAGAAGAGCAACUUUGAUGAACAUUCUUCAUGCAAAUACAGAAUAUGAACGCAUUAUUAUGAACAAUCAAUCUGUUACAGAAACUGCAAACAUUAGGCUCUGAGGACCACGAAAAAGACCCACACUUAGUCUUCGGCAAUACUGUUGGUAGUGAAUUGCGAGGAGAGAGGUAAUAUGCACGAGAUAAUUUGCAGAAAUGCAGGUCUGAAAUGGAUACAAGUUUAGCUGAUGCUCGGGGAAUCUUGAGGUGGCUAAGAGUCUGGUGAAAGGAGUAAAUAGCGUAAAUAGAACUGAUGCAACAGGGCGGACAGCAAAGGCUCUAGCAGAACAUAAUGGAGAAAAAAGCGUGAAUGACUGACCUGUUACAAAGUUUUGGAGACCGAAACGAAUUAGGGGUUUUGGAAGCAAGCUAAUAAACCUACCUGAUUCUAUGGAAGAGUUUUUCACAAUAGCAGGUCAGAGAAUGCAGAAUUAGAUGACUCCUUAGGGGGUGGAUAAGGGCCAAGAAAUUCUGGCCCGCAUUGGCUUGUGGACCACACUUUUUUUUUAUUUAUGGUUCCCACAGUUGUGGGAAUCAUAGUACAUGAAUAAUGAUUGGGUUGCUGGCUAACCAAAAAAAAGCAGUAGGCUCCAGCCUGCAAUUAGGAGAUGCAAAAAUUUGUUAUACAGAAAUGUUGCUGCCACUGAAAAAUGGAUGCAACCAUCUACUUAUACUUUAUUUUUUUUUGAGUACUACUGACUCUGUUACAAUGUAGUAUCUUACAAUGUAGUAUCUGUUCAUACUUAUACUUUAUUUAGUUGAUUUAUUGGUUGAAAUAAGACUAUUAAUAAAUGUAUGUGCAAUUCUGUGACUCACAUUUUUGUCCAAAAUAGUUAAUACGAAACAUGAUAUUCAUGUGCAA